AACUAGAUGAGUAUCAAAUUAUCGAUGGAAACAGUAUAAUACAGCCAACAAAUCCUCCUGUAUUUUUUUUACAAAAAUGGAAUGAUUUCAAACAUAAAAAGGCUUGGAAACUUUUGGAAAUAACCAACAAAUACAAAAAUUCUAAACUAUCCUGGGUAGCCAUUUCACGUUUGACCACAAUGACUGAUCUAAAAAAUUCAGAUUUCCAACAUUUAGCGCAAAUGAGUCAUGCACAUACUUUGGUUGGUUUGGCUCGAUCAGCUAAUGCUMAUCCUAAAUUUUUCUUACCUCCUAGAAAUAUAAGUUGGACAAAAGAUGAAAUAUUGUACAAAAUACGCCAUUUGUUAAUUAAAUUAAAUGAAUUAAAUGAACACAAAUGUUUAUCUUACUUUAUGGCCUAUGCAUUUAAAGAUAAACAGCAUGACUAUUAUCACCUGGAUGAUGUACCACCAGAUUUUGCAAGUAUGCAAAUAGACAAUGAUAAUAUAUUACAGUUAAGCAUAAAUGCUUUACGUCAUCAUUGUAAUAAUGAAACAAAUGUCACUGCUAUGGUAAAACUGGGAGGUCUACAAAUUUUGAUGGCUAUUUAUCAGUAUUUAAAAAAUGAUGAACAAGUAGCAGAAGAAAUCGGAAAAUUGUUGUCAGUUGCUUCUUUAAACAAAGAUCUUAUACAAGAUAUUUUUUUAACCGGAUGGAUCAGUAUUUUGUUUGAAUGGAAGAAUCACAAAAAUUUUAGAAUUCAGUCAUGGGCCAACCGAACAUUAUUAAAUAUGGAUGAUGAGGAUCCAAUUAACGGAAAUUAUAUGUUUGGAAAGCAAACRGUCUUAUUACAUCCAAAAAAUAGAUACCAUCAAGAUGCUAAAAUUGAUGUAGUUCUUGUACAUGGCUUAUUAGGUGGUGUCAGCUUUUCAUGGCGUGAAAAAGAUGUACAUAUUAAUGAACCUCUUGGUCUUUUUGAUAUGAAUAAUAAGAAUGAAUCUCAUAACUCAUCAAAUACUACUACACUAAAAAGACCAGUUGGUGAAGAUAUGCAAAAUUAUUUGGAUAGCUAUAAAGAAGUCAAAGCUAGAGAAUGGGACUUAAUUGGGAGUGAAUUUGAAUUUGUUUUGAACGAUAUACCACAUAAAGAAAAUUUAAAAGGAAGCGGGCCUUACUCAAUACAUGGGAAUGAUUCUACUGUGCGACAAACUGCUCUCAAUAAAGGUUAUAGUCAAUGUUGGCCAUCCGAUUGGUUACCUUCUGAUGAAGAAGGUCUACGAGUGAUUGGUGUCGAUUAUAGUACAACAUUGUCUGAAUGGUUGCCAUCUUGUCCUUUAAAACAAAAAGAUCAUCGCACACUCGAAGGACGCACAGACAAAUUGAUGCAUCAAUUACUAGCUAUUGGCAUUGGAGACCGACCAAUAAUCUUUUUGGCCCAUUCUAUGGGUGGACUUUUAGUUAAAAAUAUGUUGGUUGCAGCAAGAAAUAGUAAUGAUCCAAAUGUGAGAAAACUUUUUGAGAAGACAAGAUCUGUAUUCUUUUUUAGUACACCACAUCAUGGGUCACCAUUAGCUACUUUAAAUAGCGCAUAUCGAUUCUUUUUAUGGCCAUCAGUAGAAGUGGAUGAACUAAGAACUGAUUCACCUAAGUUAGUAUCCCUCCAUGAUGAUUUCCUUGAAUGUUUAAAAGAUAAUCCAAUGAAGAUUGUCACUUUUGCUGAAAGUCUUCCAACAGAGUUUACUGCUUUGAAAGUACCUAUACUAUGCGUACCUAAAGAUGCAGCUG